AGACUUCUAAACGAGGCUGAAGUUUACCACAAAGUUCUGUCAAUGAAUAACCCAGUUUUACCAUAUUUUAUCAUUAUCGAAGUGUCCUUUUGCUUGUAAAUCGAUGAGCAGUGUAACUGAUAACUAAGUCCACAAAUUCGAAACCCCAAAUUGAUAAGGCGAGGUGGGCGUAGCACGGUAUAGCGGGGGUUAGAAUCAGACGACACUGCAUAGCAACCGCCUAGCAACGGGGAAGCGAAGGGUCACAGAUCGGUGACUCAAAAAUUCCCCCGCACACCAAUCGAUACAUGCGGGACUGAGUGCUCGUCGUCAGCACCGCCGUGCACGAAACUUUGCCGAAGUGAACGGCAGUGAGAAGGUCUAUACUCUCCCUAACCUGCGGGACGAGCUGCCUUCUUUGCCAAGGGUAUUUUGCCUCUUAACUACUUACUUUUGCGGAUUUAUUGCCAAAAUAAUGGAUCUUAGAGAGGAAUAAGAUGAUCUGAGCACGGUCUAUUUUACGAGUCACGAUAUCCUGGAUAUAAAAGUUGGAGCGAACUUUGUAACCAUUAACUGUCGGCAAUAACAGUGGCCUUGGGAACCAACACAAUCCUCUAGAGAAUAUUCAAGAAACAGGAAGAUUCUUCAAGACAAAAGGGGACUUUCCUCUACUCUCUACCUCUUUCUCCGUUCAAGCCCUCGACCGACCCCCUGAGAUUAUUCAACUAAACGGGGAAUCCCACAGCACAAACCCACCUGCGAGGGUUCAUGUUACAACCGGAGUGGCCCAAUAAGCUCCGUGUCUUUGGAUCCGUCUUCUAAUUCUGUUUUUAUAAAGAAUCGCUGUUUUUCAUCGAGGUAUAGUUGGUGAAAAGUUUCCAGAGUUGUUGCGACCGGUGAGGAAUAUUAUUUUGAGAAAGACUCUGGCAUGGGUUACCAACUGGUUCAGUAAUUCUUCAAGAAACGGAAAAUAAAAGGCGCCUGGACAAGCAGUUGGUGAGCGAAGAAAGAGACUCUGAAUGACUGAAUGGAUGAUUGCUGGAAAGCACUUAAGAUCUGGUUGGACAACGUCGUUAAUACUUCGCGCAAACUUUAAUCCUUUCGAAACGAUGUUCUAUAAGAACUGAAGUGAAUGAAGCUCUCUUGGAAAAUACUUCAGACAAGGUUGUAAAAGAACAGUUUGGGUUUGGAUUUUCUGAGCUGCGAUAUAAAGCCGUCUCCACAUUUUUUUUGCGUAUAUCUACGACUCUUCCUGUAAUUGGGACGCCAAUGGACAGAUUGUGAGGGCUUUUCAGUUGCCGGAUUCAUCCAUUUUUUCCCCGCGAAAUGUUGGAAAAUUCGGGUAUGGAAGAUUAUUUUUGAUCGUCGAAGUCAUAAUUCCAGAUAAUUGUUCAUGUGCGAUUGAGUACUUGAGAUACGUCGGUGAUUGAUUGAAAGGAAUGGAUACGUCAUCUUUUGAAUGCAACCAAUCAUUAAUGCUCAAGGUCGAGGAUUGUGAUUCGGAAUGAGUUUUAAACCGCCGGAUCAAUAUUUGUAAACACCCAAGCCAGAAAAUCAUUGUCAAAUUGGCGCCCUAACUUGACUAUAUCGUCCGCGGUUUAGGUUUUUUUGAAAUACGAAUCGCGCGAUUCGUGUGAGACUGAAGUUUAAUCGUCCUCAAUUUGAAGGUUCAAUUUAACGUCUUAAACCACCGUUCACCCUUGUUUUUUUCAUGGAAAGUGUUAAGUGUUCUCACAUUUGGAAAAGUGACAGCAAACUUUGACCAUGGAUUAGCAGAACAGCUCCAGAACAAAUAGCGGUUGGAUUUUUCAAUUUGCAUAUUUUAUUUUGAUGGAGGCUUUCCUUGUCCAUUGUUGGGCCUUUUCAUCUAAUCAAAAUUCUUCUGUUGUCGCGGUCGGUGCCUUAUGCAGAAGACAAAUAGAGUUGUUAAAUAGUAAUUGAAUCGCGGCCACUUGUGACAGAUCGUCGUAACUAUUUGAUUAGGAGGCUUUGUUUGAUAAGACAACGAAACCUUGAAGGAAACACUGGUUUCUCGAUCGAAAGAAAAGAUAAUGAGCUUUUAGCCGAAAUGUUGUCAAACAUCUCAACGCACUCGAAAACAAACUCCGUAUCUGCUCUGAUUUACAAGGUGUGGACAGAAUGAGGACUUUCUUGAUAUGCAUUCGAUUUGAUUGAUAUAAGGGCUUCAGUAUGACGACCAAAACAAACCAACGACCACGUAGCGUGAGUGCUCGGAUCGGCAAGGGUCUUCGAGCUAGUUGGAACACGACGAUGCCGCUACGAACAGCACACGUUCAUCCUACGGAAUCGCGAGGAUACAUCGUUGAUUCGAACUUCAUGAUCCCACGAGUACGCGAUCUCGAAUCUGAAUUCCAACGCGAACUGGGGAAAUGUCUAUUCGAGAGGACGGUGCAAUUCGCAGAGGAAGGUGCUAUGUCGGGCAGUAUUCCCACUCAACCCGACUUGAAUAAUAACAAUACUAAUAACAAUGCUAAUAUUAAAUCAAGGACUUCAAAUCGCUCGGUUUCUGUCGACGAUUUAAGUUCGUUCACCGCCGGCGGUACUGCGAACCGGGAAUCGAUGCGAUUUUUCGACAGUAGACGAUACCUGAAUGUGAAACCGACGCGAUGUACGUCGGCACUUGUGCAACAAAAUGAACGUUUUGAUACCUAUUUUGUCCGGGGAAGUCUGAAUAAGUAUGCAGUAGCCCAUGCGAUGGGCCCCCUUUCGUCACCUCAUCCGCCAAUUGAGAAAGACGUCCACCGGAUGCAGGUCGCGAAUAAAGACAAUCUUCGACCUUUCUCGGUCAGAGAGGCAUUCACGGACAAAGAGAAGGAGGAGGCGCCCGACGAGUAUUGGAAGCAGAGAGCGAUUGAGGAGAAGGAGCGGUUGGAAGCGGAGGAGAAGGCGAGGAUCGAAGCGGAGGAGCGGGCGAGGAUCGAAGCCAUUGAGAGGGAGAAGCGGGAGCGAGAGGAGGAGAAGGCAAGGCUGGUAGCCGAGGAGAAAGCGAGAAAGGAGGCAGAGGAACUCUUGGCUUUCGCGCGCGCGGAGUCGGAAGCAAUCAAGGCACAACUCACCGAAGUCGAAAAGGCGCGCGACGAAGCCCUGACCAAACUCGAAACGCUGUCGACAAUGUCGGCAUCGGGAAAGGGCAAAUCGAAGGGGAAAGGGAAGGGGAAAGGAAAGAAAGGGAAAGGAGGUGGAUCCGACGCCAUGUCGGAUGUAAGUGGAUCUUCAAAGAAAAAGGGUAAGAAGACGAUUCUGAAAAAUAGCGAGACAGACGACAACUCGAGUACGACGGGCGGGAAGAAAGUUAGCUUUAAAGAGAAACUCACGAGCACGAAGACGAUAAGUCCAAGAGAGCGAACAAAAUCGCCCAAACGGAGCUCGUCGGGUGGAGGGAAGAAGAAGAACUUUCCGGGUAGCUCGCGGAGCAAGAGCGGCAACGCCAAGGUUAAAGGCAAGAAGAAAAAGAAGAAGAAGUCCCCCGAGCCCCCAGCCGAGCCUCCUCCGGAGCCAGAGCCGGUGAAGGAGGAAGAGCCCCCACCAAUCGAGGACAUUACCGAGAAACUUCCAAAGAAACCCAAACCGAUCAUCUUGGACGAGCCUCCCAUGUUUUGCUUGGCUACCGAUUACAAAACAAGACAGCAAAUGGUGGAGGAGUGGCUCUAUGUUCGCAGCUGCAGUGCUUGUCCGACUUCAAUGCCAUUGGCGUGAACAAUGAGGAUUAUUUUGACCAUCCCUUUAGGCGAUAUACAGUUUACUUGUGACAACGUUAUUUUCACAAGAGUAUGGCUACAGAUUAAGAAGAGGGCUUAAAGAUAGGGGCGUCGUGGUCUAGUGGUUACGACUCUCGUCUUUCAUUCUUAGGGACGUGGGUACAAUUCCCAGCCAUGGAGCGCUGCUUCUUCAGCAAGAAAAUCACCCUCAUUGUGCUAUACAAUCACACCUGGAGGCCGUUUCAUAAAGCUGGUCGUAAGUAAAGAGCGACUUUAAGAACGACUGGUGAUCCUUUCUUAUGCGCAAAGCCCUCGCCGAUGAACGUUUUGGUGUAUACCAUUUACCAUUAUAAAGGAUCACCAGCAGUGGCGUACCUAGGAUUUUCCAGGGGGGGGGCAAA